GCUCGCUUUUGGCGACUGCGACUAAGGAGACUUGGCGCUUAGAUUGGUUUGAACCAGAAUGCUCAGACUUUGGCGCGGAGCAGUCGGUCGCAAUUUGUGUGUUCCGCUCCGUUGUUGCCUCGAAGAAGUUCAAUACAAGAAAACAGAACGACAAACAGAAAAACUAAAACAAAAAUACUACUGCCAAUUUUCCCAAAAACUAAAAUCUAAACAAAAAUCAAACCAAAUCAAGCAACAAAUUAAAGAACAACAAAUGCAAUAAAAUUCUACUCAGGAAACAACAACAAAUACUAUCGAAACUGCCUUAAGGAUUUGGAUCUCAACCACACACACACACACAUGUACAUAUUAUGUACGCUAAAGCCGUUAUUCAAAAACUUAUGAACAUUUACAAAAGCAAAUCGUGUGCAAAAUAAACACACAACACACACCACACACAUAAAUAUUGGGUGCCAAAUUUUUGGUUCUUAAAUUACAACAACAACAAUGGAAAGCGAUGGAAGCAGCAGCAAUACAAACAGCAGAUCUCUACAAGAUAACAUGCAGAAUAUGCCACAAGUGGCGAGGGGCAGCGAUCAAUUGGAAUUGGUCUUUGGAUCGGCACUCGUUCCCGUUAAUUCAUGCACCCCCUAUUCGGAUGCAACGCAAACAAAAAAACACUCUCCUGGCCAUAUUAAGAGACCGAUGAAUGCGUUCAUGGUCUGGAGUCAAAUGGAGCGACGAAAGAUUUGCGAGAGAACGCCCGAUUUGCACAAUGCGGAAAUAUCAAAGGAGUUGGGUAAACGGUGGCAGCUCUUGGACAAGGACGAUAAGCAGCCAUAUAUUAUCGAAGCGGAGAACCUGAGAAAACUGCAUAUGAUAGAAUAUCCAAAUUAUAAAUAUAGACCACAAAAGAAACAAGCGAGAUUAUCCGUGGUCUUGAAACAGGAUCCCGACAGCGAUAUUAAGCAAGACCCCCACAAUAAUAACAACAAUAAUAAUAAUCAUAAUAAUAAUAACAAUAAUAAUAAUGAUAAUACAAAUACAACAACAACAUCGACCAGUGUUUCAAGCAACGGAACAUGCACUGCCGGUCGAAAAAACAAAAGAACUACCUCUACUUGUCAAUCUGGAACGCCAUCGAAGCGGUCCAAAAACGAUUCAGGUGAUACAACAGUAAUAAAAAACAAUAACAAUAACAGUAACAGUAAAUAUAAUGUGAAGACUCCCUCCGAUUCUGUCGAUAUUUUACUCCCAUUGGAUAAAGAUUUUUUAAACUACCAGUCAGCCGAAUUUUUACCCACAACAAAUCAUACAAAUAAUAAUAAUCAUCAUCAUGGUGAGCUGAGCUCCUCCGACACAAUUAAAGUGGAAACUCUAAGCGAAAGUAAUCCCAACAAUAAUACAACACAAGACAAUAUCUCCCCCGAUGUUUUCCAAUAUUUCCAACUGGCAAGCGAUGACUCAUCGCUGGAAGUCGUAAAUGGUCAAACGAAUUUCGGAGAUGCGGAACCCAAUUUUGAUACGGAGGAGAAUAUUGUGAACGAUGCCAAUCUGCAUUCGGCCAGCCAUCAUUUAUCGCCCUACGUGCAGGAGUGCUUCACCGACGACGACUGCAUCGGUGGCGGAGGAGGAGUUGGUUCGGAUAGCAACGCAACGCAUCAUCAGCAUCAACAUCAGCAUCAGCAUUAUCAUCAGCAUCAGCAUCCAGCGAUUUCCUCCUUCGCAGCAGCAGCAGCAGGCGGCAUACAGCAGCAAACUGUUACCAUGAACAUUGAAAUACACAAUAACAGUUCUGCGCUCUCGUAUGUCGAACACACAUUCCACACUGAUGAAUUCAAUGCGAUUCCAUCAGCAGCCGAUGACAGCGACUGCAGCAUCCUAACCGCGACACAUUCGCCGCACAUUGGCUUCUGCGACGGCAGUCUGGUAGAUGCUGCCGAGGGUAUGGCGAAUCCAUAUGGCAGUAGCAGCGGCAGCACAACUCAUCCGGACUAUAGCAGUAAUCUAAUUGGAGCACACAACAAUGAUCUCAACUACACAGUACAUGAUAAUAACGGAGCUCUCCUAUCGUACACAAUUGAGGACUUACCACCUCAGCCAACUGGUAGUCAUCUAGAAUUUAAUACUAACCGAUAUGAGUUUUCGAACUUAUACAAAAUGUAAGCGAUAAGAAUGUGAGAAAACAAAACAAAAAAAAAAAAUA